CAGGCUGAGCCGCGGCGAUUCGACAGCUCGGAUGUGUCCUGAGGAAGAGUGACACGUGCUGGCAAAAACAUAAAAAAUUACAAAAAAAAAAAAAAAGAAAAAAAAUUCCCAUCAAAAAGAAUUUUACCCAGGAGCGCACCCAGGGGUUUUUAUUUUCCCCUUAUUACUCGUAUUUUACUGUACAUACAAUUUUUAUAGUGGAUUUUUGUUUUUAAAAAUCGUGCUUCAAGUGUGCGCGUUUGAGUGAGCAUCAGCGGAACCAUGGGAAGAGGAGACGGACGAGAGCAGUAUGAACUGGCUGCGACCUCAGAGCAGGGCGGUAAGAAGAAGGGGAAGGGGAAGAAGAAAGAGAAGGAUAUGGAUGAACUGAAGAAGGAAGUAGAUAUGGAUGAUCACAAACUGACUCUGGAUGAGCUCGCCCGCAAAUAUGCAACCGACCUCAGCAACGGUUUGACCUGUGCUAAGGCUGCUGAGAAUCUGGCUCGGGAUGGACCCAACGCCCUCACUCCUCCUCCCACCACCCCAGAAUGGGUCAAAUUCUGCAAACAGAUGUUUGGUGGUUUCUCCAUGCUCUUGUGGACUGGCGCCAUCCUCUGUUUCCUGGCCUACGGUAUUCAGGCUGUGAUGGAGGAUGAGCCUGCAAACGAUAAUUUGUACCUGGGUGUUGUGCUUUCUGCUGUCGUCAUCAUCACUGGCUGCUUCUCCUACUACCAAGAGGCCAAGAGCUCCAAGAUCAUGGAUUCAUUCAAGAACCUGGUCCCACAGCAAGCCCUGGUUGUCCGUGACGGAGAGAAGAAAUGCAUCAACGCUGAGGAGGUGGUGGUUGGAGACCUUGUGGAGGUGAAAGGUGGAGACAGAAUCCCUGCUGAUCUGAGGAUCAUCUCUGCUCACGGCUGCAAGGUGGACAACUCCUCUCUGACCGGUGAAUCAGAGCCACAGACUCGUACUCCUGACUUCUCCAAUGACAACCCACUGGAGACAAGGAACAUUGCUUUCUUCUCCACCAACUGUGUUGAAGGUACUGCUAGAGGAAUCGUCAUCAACACUGGUGACCAUACUGUCAUGGGUCGUAUCGCCACGCUGGCUUCCAGUCUGGAUGGUGGAAAGACCCCCAUUGCUGUUGAGAUUGAGCAUUUCAUCCACAUCAUCACUGGUGUCGCUGUCUUUCUGGGUGUUUCCUUCUUCGUCCUCUCACUCAUCCUUGGAUACUCGUGGCUGGAGGCCGUCAUCUUCCUCAUUGGUAUCAUCGUGGCCAACGUGCCAGAAGGUCUCCUGGCCACUGUCACCGUGUGUCUGACCCUGACUGCUAAGCGCAUGGCCAAGAAGAACUGCCUGGUGAAGAACUUGGAAGCUGUGGAGACCCUGGGAUCCACCUCCACCAUCUGCUCUGACAAAACCGGAACCCUGACCCAGAACAGGAUGACCGUAGCCCACAUGUGGUUUGACAACCAGAUCCACGAGGCCGACACCACGGAGAACCAGAGUGGAGCUUCCUUCGACAGGAGCUCUGCCACAUGGGCUGGUCUGGCCAGGGUCGCUGGACUCUGCAACCGUGCCGUCUUCCUGGCUGAGCAAAGCAACGUUCCCAUCCUGAAGAGAGACGUGGCUGGUGAUGCUUCUGAGUCGGCUCUGCUGAAGUGCAUCGAACUGUGCUGCGGAUCAGUCCAGGGCAUGAGAGAGAAGAACCCCAAAAUUGCAGAGAUUCCCUUCAAUUCCACCAACAAGUACCAGCUCUCUAUCCAUAAGGUUGCAGCGUCCGAGGGAGAGUCCAAACAUCUGCUGGUGAUGAAAGGAGCUCCAGAGAGGAUUCUGGACCGCUGCUCCAGCAUCAUGAUUCAGGGCAAAGAGCAGCCCCUGGAUGAUGAGAUGAAAGACGCUUUCCAGAACGCUUACCUGGAACUGGGAGGACUGGGAGAGAGAGUACUGGGUUUCUGCCAUUUCAGUCUGCCUGAUGACCAGUUCCCAGAAGGCUUUGCCUUUGACACUGAUGAAGUGAACUUCCCCACCGACAACCUGUGUUUCAUCGGCCUCAUAUCCAUGAUUGACCCUCCUCGUGCUGCUGUGCCUGAUGCUGUCGGAAAAUGCAGGAGCGCUGGAAUCAAGGUCAUCAUGGUGACAGGUGAUCAUCCAAUCACAGCAAAGGCCAUCGCUAAGGGUGUCGGAAUCAUCUCUGAAGGCAACGAGACAGUGGAGGACAUCGCUGCUCGUCUAAACAUCCCAAUCAACGAGGUCAACCCAAGGGAUGCCAAGGCCUGUGUGGUCCACGGUGGAGACCUGAAAGACCUGAGUCCCGAGCAGCUGGACGACAUCCUCCAGCAUCACACUGAGAUUGUUUUUGCCAGGACUUCACCUCAGCAGAAGCUGAUUAUCGUGGAGGGCUGUCAGAGACAGGGAGCCAUCGUGGCUGUGACAGGUGACGGCGUGAACGACUCUCCUGCUCUGAAGAAAGCCGACAUCGGUGUGGCCAUGGGCAUCGCCGGCUCUGACGUCUCCAAACAGGCUGCUGACAUGAUCCUGCUGGACGACAACUUCGCCUCCAUCGUCACCGGUGUAGAGGAAGGUCGUCUGAUCUUUGAUAACCUGAAGAAGUCCAUCGCCUACACUCUGACCAGUAACAUCCCAGAGAUCACUCCCUUCCUGCUGUUCAUCAUCGCCAACAUCCCUCUGCCCCUGGGAACAGUCACCAUCCUCUGUAUCGACCUGGGAACUGACAUGGUUCCUGCCAUCUCUCUGGCCUAUGAAGCAGCUGAGAGUGACAUCAUGAAGAGACAGCCCCGAAACCCCAAAACAGACAAACUGGUAAACGAGAGGCUGAUCAGCAUCGCCUACGGACAGAUCGGUAUGAUCCAGGCACUGGCAGGCUUCUUCACCUACUUUGUGAUCCUGGCUGAGAACGGCUUCCUGCCAUCCACCCUGCUGGGCAUCAGAGUGUCCUGGGAUAAUAAAUACGUCAAUGACCUAGAGGACAGCUAUGGGCAGCAGUGGACCUACGAGCAGAGGAAGAUCGUGGAGUUCACCUGCCACACGGCCUUCUUCGCCAGCAUCGUCGUCGUGCAGUGGGCCGAUCUGAUCAUCUGUAAGACCAGGAGGAACUCUGUCUUCCAGCAGGGCAUGAAGAACAAGAUCCUGAUCUUUGGACUGUUUGAAGAGACCGCUCUGGCUGCCUUCCUCUCCUACUGCCCUGGCAUGGAUGUGGCCCUCAGAAUGUACCCACUCAAGCCCAACUGGUGGUUCUGCGCCUUCCCUUACUCCCUGCUCAUCUUUAUCUACGAUGAAAUUCGAAAGCUGAUCCUCAGACGCAGCCCAGGAGGAUGGGUGGAACGGGAGACCUACUAUUAAAGACCCAGUCAGUCCUGUCCAGCUCGCAUCUCCUCCAAACUCCCGUCUUUGCAUGAGUUUUGUCUUGCUGCUCGGAAUAAAAACAUUUUAACCUGUGGAGUACAAAAAAGAAAAAUGAAAAAUUGGAACGUGUUUUUAUAUUAGGGAAUGCUUGAUACUACUAUUAGAACAAAUACUGAGAUGACAUGUGCUGAUGAUAAUGCUGAUGAUGUUUAUGGUGAUGAUAUAUGACAAUGCUAAUAAUGACAUGAUCACUGAACAAUGACAUGACUAUGCGUGCCUUGUUUCUGAAACAGGACCAAUUUUAUACAUGUUUUUAACAGUUAUGAACAUUCAAUAAAAACGCGCUUGAGUCAGGUCCCACA